UUGUUUAAGGGUUAGUAGACUAUUUUUUUUUUUUAAUUCAUGGAAUUGUUUCUUAACGACUGUUCUGGCAAAACAUUUACACUUGGAUAAUUGCGAGUGAUUGUAAGUGUGAUGAUCAUCUGCUAAAUGAGCAACAACGACCACAAUUCACUCCUUCAGUCAGUGAAGCUCCCACAGCCGUUCAUGAGAGUUUAAAUGCUGGGGAAUAUUCCCAUCUUCCCACAGGAGAAGAAGAAGCAAGCAGGAGGAAUUACUCCAGGAGAAACUACGGACAUACUAUUGUAAAGAUGGAGAUUAAGGAAGAACCCUGCAGAAUAAAAGAUGAAGAUACAGAGGAACAAAUAGAAGAAGCAAGCAGGAGGAAUUACUCCAGGAGAAACUACGGACAUACGAUUGUAAAGAUGGAGAUUAAGGAAGAACCCUGCAGAAUAAAAGAUGAAGAUACAGAGGAACAAAUAGACUCGAUGGAAGUAAAAGCAGACAAACGCCAACGGUUUCAAAAACCUCAACAAUUCAAAAAUGGAAAUGCUGCUAUUUCACCGACUGAAGAGAACCGCAAACAAAAACAAGCUGGAAAAGCUGUAUUCAACGGACCUCUUACUUGCUCUCAGUGUGGAAAGAGUUUCAUGCGUGAAGGAAACUUUAAUGAACAUAUGAGAAUUCACACUGGAGAAAAUCUGUUCUCGUGCUCUCAGUGUGGAAAGAGUUUUACUCGGAAAGGACACUUAAACGUGCACAUGAGAGUUCACACUGGAGGAGGAUCGUUCUCCUGCUCUGAGUGUGGGAAGAGUUUCAUAAAGAAAAUAAGCUUACAUGUGCACAUGAAAUCUCACACUGGAGAAGAUAUGUCCACAUGCACUCAGUGUGGAAAGAUAUUCGCAUCCAAAAAAAAGCUCAACUAUCAUUUGCGCAUUCACGCCGAAGUGAAGCGGUUCAGCUGUGAUCAGUGUGAUAAAACAUUUGUUCUGGAAUCAUACUUAAAAUCACACAUUCAAAUUCAUGCUGCUGUGAAGGCUUACCUUUGCUCUGUAUGUGGAAAGAGUUUUUCACAACUUCCGGCUUUUCGAUCGCAUAUGAGUGUUCAUAAUGGUGUGAAACCUUAUCUGUGCUCUGACUGCGGGAAGACCUUCACUGUGUCCAGCGACUUAAUAAAACACCAGAGGAUUCACACCGGAGAGAAACCGUACAAGUGCUCACACUGUGAAAAGUGUUUCACUCAGGUAGGAGCCGUGAAAUCUCAUGAGAGAGUUCAUACUGGAGAGAAAUCUAAGAGACAAAUUCAUAAGAAAAGGCGUUGCCUGAAGUUGUCUAGUAAAAAAUAAUUCAUGUUCAGAUCCGUCUCUUUCAAGCAAAUAGUUUGAUAUUCUGAUAAAGCAAAAUAUGGUAUUCUUGCAGCAACGGGAUCUGAGGGAGAAAUCUGUGAAUUAAAAUCAGGGAAAAUUGUUUGUUUA